CUCUCCUCGCACCACCAAGCCAAGCUCUGAUCACCAAGCUAAGCUCUGAUCAGCAUUUUGCUCCAAAAUCACCUACACACACAUACCAUGGUGGCUUCAGUGGCCUGCUCCUUCUUCUUCGACGACGAGCUGCUCGGCGAGCCUGGCAUGCCGGCGAUGGACGCGUGCGCGCUCUGCGCCAAGCCGCUGGCGCGCGACAGCGACGUCUUCAUGUACAGAGGAGACACGCCCUACUGCAGCGAGGAGUGCCGGCGCGAGCAGAUGCACCUCGACGUCGUCUGCGCCAAGCAGGACGCGCGGAGACAGCAGCGGUUCUCGGCGGAGACGGAGUCCCACCGUGGGCAGCGGCAGUCCAGCAAGGUGUCGAUCGCAAGCUAACCGGCCGGCCUGGCCGGAUAGCGUGGCCGAGGAAAGUUAUGCGUGGAUGGACAAGAUCUGAAUUCUGAAGAAAACAACAUCUGUAAUUCUGAAGAACCAUCGAUGCUUCCUGGUUGGGCGUCUGAUGCCUCCGUCUCUCCGGCCGGUUAUCUUGCCUGAACCGGAGGAUGUAUCAGAUGCACCUUGGCCUUGGCACCGCCAACCGGAGGCAGGGCAGGGCAGCAUCAGGUGGUCGGUGCCUGUAGCUUCUCACAUGUGUCCAUGGCAAGCUGAUUAAGCUGCCCGGAUGGGAGGAAAUUGUACUUGGUUCUCGGUCGGCCCGUGUUGCCCUGUGCCGAUGAUUUUUUUCGUUAGAAACGAAUUCAGAAAAAAAAAUGGAUCUGAAGAUAGCAAUCAAA